AUGGCCCAACAGGCCUUUGGCCACUUCGGUGGCGGCCACGCAAGCGGCAGCAUAAACCCAAAUGAUCUCAAUUUCAACCAAGGCUUUCAGAACAACUUUGGUGGAAACUCCAACAAUCAGAACAAUGCCUUCUCCAGCGGCUCGGCAGUCUUUGGCGAUGAUGAGCUGUUGGAGGGGCUCGGAAGCCCAACCGAAGCCCCCUCGGGCAUGCAAGGCCAUGACUUUGGUGGGAUGAACGAGAUGAACAUGAACUACAACCAGAACAGCGGCGUGUACAACUCGCGCCCGAGCAUCGACCAGCAGCAACACAUGCCCGGCUUCUCCAACACGCCCGACGGGGAUCCCAUCCAGAGCCCUUUCGUGUCCAAUGUGCCACAGUACCAAUCAAUCCACGCGCCACAAUUCCACACGCCCAUGUCAUACGGCGGCUCGCCCAUCGCCGAGGGCAUGCCAAAGGACCCAAACGACUCCAACUUCAUGCAGGCCCGACAGAGACUCCAGGCACAGGCCAUGCAGCGCAAGGCCUCCACCGCGAGAAGCCCACUCACCCCUAAGAUGGGCGCUCUGGGCCUGUCGAUGGGAUCUCAGGACGGAUUCGGCGCCCAGCCGAUACGAGCGGGCGGAGCUCACCAUACCAAGGCACCAUCCGGACACUGGGCCCAUACACCAAACAGCAUGACCUCGUUCCCAGGGUCCGGCCUUUCUUCACCCCUCCAGACAGAGCUGCACAGCGCUCAGAUCAAUGGCUUCUUGAUGAAGGGCACGUCUAUGCCCACCAAGCUUGGCGGCCAGGGUGGUGCUCUGUCGUCGCAGCAGGAAGCCAAGAAGAAGCGCAGACGGGAGUCGCACAACCUUGUCGAGAGGCGGAGACGGGACAACAUCAAUGAGAGGAUCCAGGACCUCAGCAAGCUGGUCCCCACCCAUAGGCUGGAGGACGAGAAGAUCCGCAAGAUGAUCUCGAACGGCACCCCCAUGUCUCCCACCCUGACAGGCAACUCGAACCCCGGGUCGGCAACGUCCGGACUAGCAGGACCAGGUGCGAGGCGAGCCACCAGCGGCAAUACCGGAAACAUCACCACUGGUCUUCCGUUGGAGGAUAAGGACAAGGGGCCCAACAAGGGUGAUAUCCUGAACGGUGCCGUGAGCUGGACUCGCGACCUCAUGUGGAUGCUGCAGACCAAGAUACAACAGCAGGAGGAGCUGGUCAACGCGCUCCAGGAACUCGGCGGCCAGGCGCCCUUCGAUAUCACCGAGGACGAGAAGAGGAUGCAGACGGAGCUUCUCGAGGCUAUGGCCAAGAACGAAUUGUCGGACUUCACCUACUCACGAACCUCGGGAACCGGCUUGAGAGUCCCGAACCACACCGACUACAAGGGAGAGCCGCUGAAUGGCACGAACCACAGCGGUGAUCUGCACUCUAUCAGCCCGGAGGGCGACGUGAAUGGCCACUUCAGCAAUGAUGCUCUUGAUGCCAACACCUUCUGGGAUGACGGGGAAGAGGACAUCAAGUUCAACCUUGAUUCUUAUGAAUUCCCCGCCAAGAACUAUGGCGACCUGGCUUACCGCACCUAUGGGAAAUACUUUCGCUGGUUGGUCAACGGGUCCCAGGCCCUCCUGCUUCUGCUGUCUGUAGGAAAUAUCAUCAUCAGCAAUGGGUAUGUGUGUGCAAUUUCCUUUCCUUCUCCUCCUUCUUUUCUUUCCUUCAUGGCUUGCACGCAUCGUCGGCGGACAUAG